CGGUAGCUUGCCGCCGGAUUCACAGCCGCAGCGGGAGCCGCAGCCAGCCGAAGCUGCCGAGAGCUGGAAGACAGGCCCUGCCGAGUGGAGCCGAGCGAACUCACCGCCUGGCACUGGUCCGAGCGCGGGCCCGGGCACUGUCGGAGGCUGGGAGCCACGACUACUGGGCACCACCGGGCGCAGGAGCCUGGAUUGCCCCUGCUAGGCCCUGGCAUGGCCUGAAAACGCAGGAGAUCCCGGCAUCUGGACCGAAGAGGAAAAAGAAAAAGGAUUUCAUCUAAGCAUAGCGUGGGCACUAGGCUGGGAGAAGAGUAGAGACUUCACCUGGCACGGGGCAGAGGUGCCUGGAGCUUACUAGGCCAGGCUUGAGUGCCAGAGAGCCUGGCAUCCCAGCAGCCACGACCUGGGCUCUGCCCUACCAGAGUGGGGAACACAGCAUAACAGGCCUGGCAGAAGACGCAGUUAUCUCACCUGUCUGAACGGAAGGUGGGGAUCUGAGAAACCAGGAUCUGGCCUGACCCAAAGUGGGGCUCUCUGGUGGCUCAGAGCUGGGCACUGGGGAGCUGGCCUCCUGCCCCAGCCCCACUGGUACGGAUGUGCCGUUGUCCCCUGGAACACCAUGACAGCAGGAUGACCUCUGCCGAGGCAGUGGCAGUGACUGGUGCUCGAGUGGCUGGGUCCCCUCAGUGGCCCCCUGAUACACCUCAGGCCCCUGAACGGCCUGGCAGGACCCGGGUGGCCGUGGCAGCGCUGGUGUGGCUGCUGGCGGGAGCCAGCAUGUCUAGCCUCAACAAGUGGAUUUUCACAGUGCAUGGCUUUGGGCGGCCCCUACUGCUCUCAGCGCUGCACAUGCUGGCAGCAGCAUUGGCAUGCCAUCGGGGAGCUCAGCACCCCAUGCCCAGCGGUACGCGCCGCCAAGUGCUGCUACUCAGCCUUACCUUCGGCACUUCGAUGGCCUGCGGCAACGUGGGUCUGAGCGCUGUGCCCCUGGACCUGGCACAGCUGGCCAACACUACCACACCACUGAUCACACUGGCCCUGUCGGCACUGCUGCUUGGCCGUCGCCACCACCCGCUACAGUUUGCUGCCAUGGGCCCGCUCUGCCUAGGGGCUGCCUGCAGUCUGGCCGGUGAGCUCCGGACACCACCCGCUGGCUGUGGCUUCCUACUGGUGGCCACCUGCCUUCGUGGCCUCAAGUCCGUUCAGCAGAGUGCCCUGCUGCAGGAGGAGAGGCUGGAUGCGGUGACCCUGCUGUACGCCACCUCGCUGCCCAGCUUCUGCCUGCUGGCAGGUGCAGCCCUAGUGCUGGAGGCUGGUGUGGCUCUGUCGCCUGCGCCCACUGACUCCCGCCUCUGGGCUUGCAUCCUGCUCAGCUGCCUCCUUUCUGUGCUCUACAACCUGGCCAGCUUCUCCCUGCUGGCCCUCACCUCUGCCCUCACCGUCCAUGUCCUGGGCAACUUCACUGUCGUGGGAAACCUUGUCCUGUCCCGGCUUCUGUUUGGCAGUCGCCUCAGCACCCUCAGUUACGUGGGCAUUGCACUCACCCUUUCAGGAAUGUUCCUUUACCACAACUGCGAGUUCGUGGCCUCCUGGGCUGCCCAGUGGGGCUUCUGGCGGAGGAACCAGCCUGGCAAGGGUCUCUGAGACCUGGGAGUGCACAUGGGCUAUCUGGGACAGCCCCAGCCUGAAUCCAACCUUGGCCAGUGGCCUUGGGGAAAAUGGAGAGCAGGCAGCCACUGGGUCCAUGGGCGGGAGAGGCAUCUUUGGGAAAGGCCACCUUGGAGGCUGGAAUGGGGCCUCCCAGAGAGACCCACCUGUCCCUGCCUGCUUCUCCUCAUCACAGACCCCACUCACCACUGGAUGGUGGGUUCGAGGCUGGCACAGUCACUGUGCUUGUCAGAGUAAUUAUUAAUAUCAACGACUAUGCCGGAAAUUGCUGGCCAAACUUUGAGAACCUCACCGUGUUCUGAUGAUGACAAUGACGAUUCUUGGCAGUUGCACAAUCCUUCCUCCAGGAAGUGGGCGAGGCAGCUAGGGGGCCCAGGGAGGGGCUUCUUGCUGUUGGGCUUUCCUGGGGAGGUGGGAUCGUCUGUGCCAACUCCUGGCAGCUGCUGUGGCCUCAUCCCUGGGCCCCCCGAUUUGGGGUCUU